AUGCCUCUACCUGUAAAACAAGAAUUGCUUGAUUUUGUAAUGUGCCAGUUUGAUCGUGAAGAGUCAGAACGUGCAAGAAGAUUAAAUCAAGAGUUGAUUGAAGGCAGGAAAGAAGCCGAUCGAGAACUAGAAAAAACAAUGUUAAAGUGUAAAGAAAAGGCACAAAGAAAAUGGGAAGUGUAUCAACGUGAAUGUUUGGUAAAAGAGCAAGAGUUUUAUAAAAAAAUGAGGGAGUUGAUACGAGAAGGAGAAGAAAAGGCAGCUGAAGAAGAGAGGACUUUAUUAGGAAGGUCUGACCCACCACAGGUUUGGCCUGCUAGACAGCAAAAAUUAACAGUAACUUUGCAACAAACGUCACCUGGUCUACAGCAACCAGGACCACAAACUGGAUCAGUAGACUUACAUGGAGCUGAGCAUUGGUUGUCGACACAUGUUUGA